CAGCGCAAAAGAGAUAAAAGAUUAUUGACAGCUCUGGGAGCUAAUUUCGGAACGCACCCUUUGUAGCGGUGAAAUUUUCAAACGUGUUUUAUAACCUAAACGAUGACUGACAACAACGCCGAUGAAUAUGGUCGUUUUAUAAAAUGAGUAGUAUUAAUACGAUAACGUCGGUCCACAUAAAAAAAUUAGGCCAUUCGCUCGACGAAAUUCGCCUGAGAGCACUCGACAGUAUCAUUUCAAAAUUUGAUCACGGUUUCGGUUGCGAUUGUGAAGCGGUCAAGAAGGAGCUUAUUCUCAAGCUAUUCAAUUGGUUCACGUUUUCAAAUGUCCCGCAGCCAGAAAAAGUUUUGGAUUUACUCCUACGAUUAAUUCAGGCAAGUGGAGAAAAUUAUGCAAACGCUUUUGGUAGACUCAGAUUCCAAAAUGAAGUACGUGAAUUACGAGCCAACCUUGAUCCGUCACAUCACAAUAAAUUGUAUGAAAUUGAGGCUGUUGUUACAGCUACAAAUAAUUCACAGCGGUCGGCUGAAUUGGAGGUCCAAACUAUCAAGAGACCAGGUCGGUUUGUUACAUCUUCCACAGAAACUGCAGAUCUCCAGCUUAGAGACAUCGAAGAGAGUAAUAGCAUUUUGCAAACUUCUACAACAAAAACUACAUCGUUCGCAAGUACAUCACUAUUUGAUCCGAGUCUUCAAUGUGGAGAUGGAACACAUAUUGACAAAAAGACGAAUGGCGGUAUAAGGUGGCUCGUUAUGCCCUGGCAGCCUCUAGUUACUUCGGACAGAGGUGUGCUAGCUGCUAUUGAAGAAGCACUGCACAAUGUAACUGAUACAAGUCUAAUACUACAUACGUGUCAAUUCAUCACAAACGUUAUGUUGCAAGACUUUCCAGCAGAAGUUUUUUUACAACGGCCAGCUAUUGUCACGGUUUUACAUAAUCUUAUUUCAGCAAACGAGGAUUACGAGGAGGGUAAUUUUUCAGAGAUAGCUACAGCACUGCUGAAAACUUUGUACAAGUUGACACGUUCUCUAAGAUUUCGUAUUUACUAUUAUUGUGAUCCUUGUGUCGCCAAUAAAAAACAAAAGCUGCUGGCAGAAAAUGUGGAAAGUGCGACGUACCCCUCGUCCGAGGAAAGAGACAGUCCAGAUGCCGGACUUCCAGAAGCGAAUUAUCAAGCGUAUCAAUCCGCGGGUACAAGCGAACGAAGUCAAAGUAUUGUAGAUAACAUAGAAGAAACUGUCUUACAAUCGCAGCAAAUGACAAUACCUACCUAUUGCAUACAAACACUGCAGAAUAUUUUGUUACUUUUGGGUCUUCCAAUCGAUCCUGCAUUUCCAUUGACACAUGUUAUACAUGUAACAGAUUUGGCCUAUGAGCUUAUUCGGCUACUAAACAUAAGCCUUUUGCCCAAUAUUUGGCUGUGUGGUGACAGCGAGUCUUUGAAAGUGAACGAAAGCUUGAAGACCUUGUUAAAUCUGCUUGGCGAGAUAAUUGAAUAUCUAGCAUCCUAUUCCAGUGUGGAUCACUGCAGAGUCACAUAUUUGCAACUUGUGUGCAUUACGACAAAACUGCUCAGCAAUCUCGUUCCACUAGAAUUAGCGGACUUGAUACUUGCCAAACCAUUAAAGCUUGCAAUUGUCACUGCUGUCAUGGACGCACCAACGUACUUAAUGUAUCCAGAUAUACACGCAAUUUUACAAGAAUAUGCAAGACAAUUUCAUGGAAAAGAAGAGCGCGAGAAUAUGAAAUUCUUUGACGAAACAUGUCUAAUAACAAAAUCGAUGCAGGCUGCUAUUUCGUUAAUGAAAAAUAGUCCUGAAGUAUUCGGGCCAAUUGCGCUAAAAAAGAUUUAUGCCUCAAAAUUAUGCUUUUCGUAUCAUAAAAAUUUCAGUAUAAUUACUCAGGCAGUUUCAAUCUUACAAAAUCUUGAAGAGUGCCACAUAGAUCCUAAUGACAAAGCGGUAGCUACGAAACUGGUACUCAAUUUAUUAGCGAAUAAUGAUGUGGAUGUACAACUGGCAAUGUAUGUAGAAUGCCAUAAACUAGUCGUAGCGAUUUUAGGAGUAACAUUCACUAAAGGAAAACAUUCGUGGAGUAGAAUAUCGUUUCUUCUGGAACCAAGUAUUUUGGUGGAAAUUAUUUGUCAUGGACUGGGCAAUGAGAAUCCAGAGCUAAGAAACUUGGCUGAAGAAAUUGUAGUGUAUUUACUCAAAGCGAAAAUUCAAUUGGGAGAAGAAGGAUGGCGCACCUUCUUAGAAGUCCUUGCACCGGCUCAUGCCCUUUUGCAAUGUUUUGCUAGUACUAAGUCAACGUUAGGAUCAUGUGUUUUGAAAAUGUUAGACCCGGAUUUGUGGUCUAGUAUUCAGCUUCCAUAUAUUGAGGUUUUAAAGGGCAACACUAGGCUUUUGUUUGCUAUCAAUUCUGAAGUUAGAGAAGAGGCAGUUUGUCGGCUCAUCUGGCUGUUGGGAAAGGAAACUGAUUCUGUUAAAAAGUUACCGCGGUUAUCCUCGCUUCAUGGUCUGCCGCUAAGUUCUGUCUGCAUAAUCGAUAGAAAUACUUCAAUCAGACAAAGCCAAGGCAAUUAUCAGAAAAGCAGUUUGUUGUCUGUUAUUGAGAUGCUAAAUGCACCUGGAGUUGAUCCGAAAAUGCGAAAAUCAGCAUUGGUACAAAUUAGCGUGAUGCUUACUGAUUCAUCGCUUCAUAGUAUUUUUAUCAACGAAAACGGCGUGGAGUUGAUUUUAAAAAUUUUCGACAGCGCCUUGAUUGAACAGGAGUACACAAAUUAUCCAGAUUCUGUAAUCCCUAUAUUGACAAUACUGAAGUUGAUUUGCUCAAUGGAUAGCUCUACAAGACACGAAUUGGCAGGCCGGCCUGACAUAUAUUUGAAUAUUCUCCGAAGUUUAUUUUUGUUUCCAAAUAACGAUUGCGUGAAGAACGAUGGGUCACAUCUUCUGUGUUUGCUAUUGUACAGCGAUUACAUUCUCAGAGUUGGAGACAAAGAAACAGAUAGAACAAAUUCUAUGAAUGUAUCUCUUCCGUAUCUUGUCGUAGCAAGGAUGAGGUUGCCAUUCACAAGUAAAUGCCAUUGGAAAACCAGUAUCCACAGGCGUCCAGAUUUGUCAGUUCUUCACAGCAGCAAUGAAAGGGCAUUGACAUUUGUGAGGCAAUAUUGGGCUUGGGAAUGGAAUGAUAAAUUCGAUAUGUUGUGGAAAUCUAUCCAAACAAUAAACGACACUCGGAUAUCAGAAAGACUAAUGAUCCACGAAUCUGAAUUCACGUGUCUCCAACUGAGUUCGGUACGUUACUGUUGUCAGCAACAACUGUAUAACAUACAGAAUUCAACUACCCAUGGUGGCGUAAUAUAUGCACUCGAUUUCCUCAUUAUGUAUCUGAAGUUGUAUGAUAUGUCAAAGUGUAUCGAAUUAUCUGACGUUACUUCUCUGCCGUGGGAACAAUCGUUUGAGCGAUUUUUAUUAUCACAUCCCACCAGCUCAGAAGAUUCCAAACUAUUCGUCCAUGUUCUAUCGUUUCUCUACUCAUUUGUGAACGUCACAAAAAGUGGAAGCAAUGCUUGGCUCUGUAAGAUUAUGAAAAACAUGACAAAAUCUCUGUCCGAUUUACUUCGAAAUCUUGAUACAAACAACCAGGAUGCACAUCAGGCCAUACUCAAGCUGGCUCGAGCAUGUUCAGCGACUGAGUCGAUGGAUGAAACUCACAGUAAAUCGAAAGAUGAAUCGUGGAUUAAUUUCAUUGAGCUUGUUGUUUCAAAUCUUUGUUUUGGUGAUCAGCAGCACUUCUAUAAUCUGGCCUAUCUCGACUGGCUCCUCUCGUGCCUUUCUUACUUGACGGGAAAAUGUCAGUGGAAUAAACAUAAGAACUUGUUAAUUUCACUUGCCAAUGCAUUGAUCGAACUGAUCAUAUCAUUUCAUGGAGCAGGAACUUAUAGUUACAUGGGGCUUUCGAUAACGAGGAAUUCAAUUUUGUGCUUAAAUCAUUUACUAUAUCAGAUGCAAAAGAAUUUUGAUAAAAAGAUGUGGUCGACAUUUUGGUACGACGAGGGACGUGGUCUCAGCUGGUUGCCAAUGCUUUGGCAGAAUCGAGAUCCUCUGGUUAGAGCAUCGGCACUGCAGUUACUCGCAGGAUUGACUGCUGCGCAACAUACAGCUGCACAACUUUUGAACGCUGUUGCAUUAGCUCCAAAUGAAUUGUGCCAUACAUUGCUCGAUCACAUUACGAAUAGGAUGGAAUCUUGUAUAGUAAGAGAACAAGCAACUGUAGCUUUGAGCAAUGUUCUACGGAAUUGCAAAUCAUCGGCAUAUCAAUAUGCAGAUUCACUAAAGUCUGAAGCUAUUCUAAUAUUUGCUGAACAAAGCAAUAUUUAUUACGAAAUAAGUCUGGUAUGCUCCAACGUUUAUAUGCUGUCAACGCUGGAUCCAGAUCCAUCUAGUAAUGUUAGUGAAGAACUUAUGCUGUGGCAAUCCGAACACAGUGACACGUUUGAUAGUACAUUGUUAUCACGAAAACAUGUCACCCAGGUUUAUAAUUGUCACGAGGAGUAUAAUUUGCUUUCAGGCAAGGACUCCGAAAUAACCGAGGAAGAUAAUUCUCUUCAAUUUGUAUCCACUCCGUCUCUAAUCACAGCCAUUUGUACCUUACUUACUGAUUUAAUAUACGCUGAUGAGCAUAAUGUCAUUCGGCACUUCUAUGAACAUUCGAUAGAUAAAUAUUUUUUUGGGUGUUUCAAAGGGAUUCCACAGAAUAUUGACUCAAGGAAAGGUCUAGUGCAUUACUGUGAUGUCAUUGAAAUGUAUACUGGCUUAUGUACAGUAAUCACAAAGUGUGUUACACAUAACAGCAAGCUUACGACCACAGUAAACUUUUCCCCCGACUCGCUUUAUCUAGUUAUAAGUCUAUUAAAUCAUAGUUUAUAUUAUACACAAACACCAAGAUUAAUUUACCUACGUAAUCAGCUUUGGACAGAAAUUUACAAGUUGUUAGCUGUUCUCGCCAUUUCGGAGAAUCAAUGCUCGGAGGCUGUGCAAUCUGCAAUCGAAUUAUGCGGGCCAGAAUUAGUGGUGUCUUCGAUGUGCAUCGCCAUUAAAAAUUCUACCUCUGAGCUUCAAAUGAGCGCAAUUGGUUCACUCGCAUCUCUCCUGUCAUAUGAAGUUCAGAGUGAUGUGCCAUUGAGGAAGGAUGCAUCGUUGAAAGUCAUACUAGACACAAGUCACACUAGAAUUCCCGAUAGGUGUAAAGAAGUAAGCUUGAGGAAUGUUGCGUCAGAUAUAAAUAAACUGUCGAUAAAAAACGUGAACAUGCAUCUGAAGAAAUUAGAUAAUAGUGAUCUAAAUGGGGAAAAUAUGUCCAACAAAACUGAAAGGAUAACUGCAGAUAAAAAACUAACUCUGAUUGGUUCGGAAAUUUGUAAAACAUUGUUGCAACUCUAUGUUGCGCACAGUUAUACCAGAUUUAAAAAAAAUCGUAAACCAACGGACGACAAGGAUCUCAUAAUUGGAGCCCUUACAAACUUACUAUGCGUAUCCAUAGAAGCUAAGAAAACUGCACUCGAGGAGGGAUUACCCGACACUACAAUGGUGCAGCUAAAAGAAUUAUACGUCAAACUCAAUUUACAACCCUUGGAACUUCAGAAGAAUGGCUCUGACAGAGAAAAUAAAAUGAAUCCUUUACUUCACGAGGCAGAAUGUAUUUUCACGCUACUCAUGAAUUUCAUGUACAAUGGUCUACAAAUGAAAAAAACUAUGGCAAAAGCUGGAUUAGCGGACAUCUUGCAUAAGUUGUGGGCUUGGGUUUCAACGAAUAAAUCUGUUACAAUUUCUGCACUGAAAUUGCUGGCAACUUUCACAACUCAUUGCCAAGAAGCUACACAGUCUUUGACAUUAACGUCAACGCUACCUGGAGUUGGACUUAGAAAAACGCCAAAUACCGUUGCUUUGAUUCAUGUUAUGAUACACUUGGCUGCGAAAGAAAUUGAAAAAGCUGGUCGUAACUUUGACAAUCAUAAACUCCAUUUUGCUUUUCAUAUUUUACGGAAUGCUACUCAUAUCCAUGAGUGCAGAGUCUCAAUUUCAAAGAGUAAUCUACUACAGUUUUUCUCUAAAAUUCACCCAAUGACAACGAAAAGAGUGAAACCAUGGCCUCUGGUGGAAAUAUAUUGCUUGGAAUUUUUAAUCGACUUCACAUAUCACGAAGAAGGACAGAUAGCUGUAUCAAAAGCUACGGAUGGUCUGGAUGUUCUAAUCCAAUUAGCUAAGUGCUCAUCAUCGUCAAUUAGAAUUUUGGCUAUAUCAAUACUGCGGAACCUGGGAUUCAACACAGCAAACAGACCAAGGCUUUUGAGUUUAGUUGAUUUCAUCAACUUGCUGCAUAAUAUAUUCAGAAAAGGAUCAUUGGCUGAAAUUGGAGUAGCGGGUGCUACCCUUUGGUCUCUAGUCAGCAACAACCAAAAGGGUAAACUUAUUGCUAGGAAUGCUGGUUUUCUCCAAAGUAUUCAAGAAGUACUGGGUCGAUUGACACUCUCUGUUCCACAUGCCGAACAACAGCAAGAAUUAGUAAAAAUGUUGCAAUACCUGAUACGCAUUUUAUCAACUUCUGAAAAUCCAAACCACGGAACUUAAUUUCUACAAAGGUAAGAAUUUUAUAUUGAUUCAAUAUUCAAUGAAUUUGUAAAUAUGUUUCAAAUCCAGUUAUUCUCUUGCAGAAUAAUCGAUUUAGUUAAACUUAUAACUAAUUAAAAUACUGUAAUUUUAACUUAUAUCAUAGACUGAUUAUUUGAAUAAGAUCUGUUAAGCGUAUUUACAUAAAGCUUAUAAAUUUUAUACGCAGAUAUCCUGACUUUAAUUGAUCAUUUGUAAUAUUAAACACAAAGCGUCUCGUUUAUUCGUUGAAAUGUUCUUAGAUCGUCAAACGUUUCCUGCAGACAUUUGUGAUUUACAAAAAUUCGCAAAAACUAUAAUGCUGUUUUAUUUGAGAUUUUUUUGAUUACAAAAGUAAUAUGCCUACGGGGACAAGGUUAGUCCGGAUCGUUGUGUCUUUAAAAAACUUGCCUGCCAACGCGCUGAUUUAAAUAUUUAUCGUUAAAUUAAUGAGGAGGAAAAGCUGGUUUUUGUUCUUUUUCUUUUAGACAUUCUGUAUAUAGACGAAGAUACCAUAUUUGUUUGUACAUACAUACGUUGGUAUAAACAGCUUGUAUAAAACAAAUUUCACAGCUAAAACACUCAA